GCGAGCCUGGUGAACUUGCGGUGCCCUGUGCGGGAAGCUGGCACCGGCAGGAUGAUGGGGGUGCCCCCCUGCAGAGCCCCCCUGCGCCUGCUGCCUGCGCUCGCCGGCUGGGCGAGGGGCCGGGGUGCCCCGCUGAGCACAGGGGCCCUGACUGGCCCCUCCCGGCGGCACUACAAGAAGGAGACGCUCCCUGCCUCCGAGGGCCCCAUCCCGCCCGUGACCGUCACUGAGAUCCGCCAGUACCUGCGAGCCCAGGGCAUCCCCUUCCACGACGGCUACAGCUGCCUGCACGCGCCCAGCCACUUUGUGGAGGGGCCGGGGGAGCAGCAGCCCCCCGCCGGCAGCGCCCGCUACAGCCUCUUCAUCGACAAGACCACGGGCAGCUUUGUGUGCACAGCCACCCUGGCCGAGGGCACUUGGCAGGACUUCCAGGCUAGCGUGGAGCUGAAGCACAAAGGAGUCCCUCAGGCUGGCCUGCAGCAGCUUGACGGGGCGGACCAGGCUGGGGAGGACGCCCGCCAUAUCUGGGACCGGGCGCUGCCACUCUGGGAGCUGCUGGAUGAGGAGGAGACUCGGACGGCCAAGGCCAUGUUCGGCAUCUCCAAGGUGUCGGACGCCACCCUGAAACGCUUCGGGGUGCGCUAUCUGAGGACUGCCCGCACCCUGGUCUUCCCCUGGUUCAGCCCCCGUGGCACCGGACUGAAGGGCCUGAAGUUGCUGGGGGCCGAGUGCCAGGGGGACACGGUACUUUACGUGGAGAACACUCUGCCCCGGCCAAGCGCCUAUUACAACCUCUUCGGGCUGCCCCUGAUCGGCCGCAGAGACACAGAGGUGGUGCUGACAGGCCGGGAGCUGGACACCCUGGCACUGUACCAGGCUACUGGCUUGCCCAGCUUGUCCCUACCCCGUGGGGCUACCUGCCUGCCCCCGGCCCUGCUUCCCUAUCUAGAGCAGUUCAAGCGCAUCACCCUGUGGCUAGGUGAAGACCUCCGCUCCUGGGAGGCUGCCAAGCUCUUCGCCCGCAAACUGAACCCCAAACGCUGCUCCCUGGUGCGACCCGGUGACCAGCAGCCCCGUCCCCUGGAGGCUUUCACCCGCGGCAUGAACCUCUCCAAGAUCCUCCGCUCCGCCCUGCCUGCCGGGCACAAGUCCAUCAUCUCCUUCCGCCAGCUGCGGGACGAGGUCUUCGGGGAGCUGUCCAACGUGGAGCAGGUGGCCGGGGUCAAGUGGGCCCGCUUCCCUGAGCUCAACAAACUCCUCAAGGGCCACCGCAAAGGGGAGCUCACCGUCUUCACAGGCCCAACGGGCAGUGGGAAGACGACCUUUAUCAGCGAGUACGCCCUGGACCUCUGCAUGCAGGGGGUGAACACCCUGUGGGGAAGCUUUGAGAUUAACAACGUGCGCCUGGCCAAGAUCAUGCUGACCCAGUUUGCGGUGAGGCGGCUGGAGGAGCAGCUGGACCAGUUCGACGAGUGGGCAGACAAGUUCGAGGACCUGCCGCUCUACUUCAUGACCUUCCACGGGCACCAGAGCAUCAAGACGGUGAUCGAGACCAUGAUGCAUGCGGUGUACAUGUAUGAUAUCAGCCACGUGGUCAUUGACAAUCUCCAGUUCAUGAUGGGGCAGGAGCAGCUCACUGUGGACAGACUUGCCGUCCAAGACUACAUCGUGGGCGCCUUCCGAAAGUUUGCCACAGACAACAGUUGUCACGUGAGCCUGGUCAUCCACCCUCGGAAGGAGGACGAAGAGCGAGAGCUUCAGACGGCCUCUAUAUUUGGGUCUGCGAAGGCCAGCCAGGAGGCUGACAACGUGCUGAUCCUCCAGGACAGGAAGCUGGUGACGGGGCCAGGGAAGCGGUACCUGCAGGUGUCAAAGAACCGCUUUGAUGGGGACGUGGGGGUCUUUCCCCUGGAGUUCAGCAAAGCAUCCCUCACCUUCUCCACCCCUGUCAAGGGGAAGGCCCGGCUGAAGAAGGUGAAAGAUGACAAUGGAGCGCCGCCGAAGCAGGCUCCAGCUGGGGGCAGCGGGGCCUCUAAGAAGCAGUGACCCAGCCCGUGGAAUGGGCUGCUCUGGUGCAAUCCCUUCCCCGGGGCACUCGGCCAGUGUGCACACAGCCCUGAGGGGAAGGGGCUGGUGCCCGGUGCUGGGGCAGAGGCGAUGGGGACGCAGCACAGCCAAUCUCCAUCGGAGACUCUCAAAGCCAAGGAGUGUUCCCUGUGCUGCUGCCAAGCUGGCCUGGCCAGGCCUGGGUUUGCUGCAGCUCCUCGCCCCUCUGUGGGGGACCUCGGGCGCGUUGCGUUUGGGGAGGAGGAAUCGCACACCUGCCUCUGCGUUACAGUCAGACGAUAAGUUAUAAACGGGCUCUUGGCUUAGAGCCUGCCGGUGGCCCACGACACCUCGGCUGACGGAAGGCGAGAUGGAUACAGGCUGGCGCACAGGGGGAGUCCUGUGUGUUAUGCCCCCGUCCGUUCGCUUAGCACAGGUCCCCGUCGGUUUGUCCCUGGGGAGCCGUAUGUCCGGACGCUGGGGUGCCGAGUCGGUGGAGCCUUCGGCCUGGAUGUCCGUUUGCCAGACCCUCUCUCCUUGCUCCCGUCCCUGGAGUAUUUCAGCCAAUGUGGGUAAAUCCUGACCCCAGACCCUGGCACCGAGCAGGACACGGCGCGGGUCACAAGCCAGUGUGAGUUUGCCAGGGGCUUCUCCACUCAGUCCCAACUGCACGUCUGGUCUGUGUCAUAAAACUGCUGCUGAAUUAGCUCCGGAGACCUCCCUCCCUUCACUCCAGGACUGGUAUGGUGGGUUCUGCAGGCCCGUCUGGAAGGGCACCAGCAGAACUGGGCAGGUCCUGGGGCUGGGAUAGCAGUGGCUGCGGAUCAGGAUUGAGAGGCACCGGCAGAGCUCUGCAGGGCUGGGCGAGCAGGGGGCUGCGGGUCGGGAUUGAGGGGCACCGGCAGAGCUGUGGGGGGCUGUAUGUGAUGAAUGAGGUGCAUAGCCAAAGCUGUGGGUUGAGGGAUACCCAGCUCCAGCCCACACUGUCCCAUGAAUCCCUCACUUCCACAAGCCCUGGGAGAAGGCAGGAGGGGAAGGGGGGUGCCCAGUGACUUGGGGGCUCAUGGCAGAGAAGCAGAAGGGACACAGUUGAUGGCACUUGUUCUUGCCUGGUGCCCUUAAGGCAGAUUGUGGGGUAGGAUUCUCUCGGAUUCGAAUUGCCCCACAAUCUGGGGGAGAACAGGCCUGUGUGAAUGCACCAGCAAUAAAAUCCCAGCUGUUCAGCUCUGCCCUUGCCCUGCAGCAGGCCAUGCUGUAGUGACCUCUGCUCCGCUCAGCUGGGCUUGGAUUCCAGCCCUCACUGCCCCAGCAGCGCUGGGUUUCUUUGAAGGUCAAAUAAUGCUGCUUGUGUCUGAGGCGGGGCAUUGUGAAGGAAAUGGAGCCCUCCAGUGCAUGGGAUGGGGGGAUUUCUGAGAGGGUUUUAUAACCGUGGUCCCAAAAGACAUUUCAGAGGACAGUUUGGAUUUAUUCCCUCCUUCCCCAGGGUUUGGAACCCAGACAUUGCAGCCUCGUGCUGGUGCGUGGGAACUGGACCCUGAAUCUGACUUCACUCUCAGCUGACUGGAGCUCAGAAGGCAAAGGGAAUCCAUCAUGCAAAGUAAAUUAGGGUUUUAUAAAUCCCUCUGGCUAGGCCUGGCCGUGCUGGCUGGUCUCUAAUGUGACCGUGAUUAUGAAAUGGUUUGCAGAGUUCUCCUUGUAUGGCCGUCUGCAAUCCCCUGUGUGCGUAGGAAGGCAGACUCGGGGGGGGGGGAAGUAGUUUUCAGUGUCGAAUGCUGAAUACUGUGAUUUGGGGUCCCAUUGCACUAGGAGGGAAAAACCUCCACAGUGAUUGGCUCUCUGCAAUAAUUUUGUACACACGAGGGUGUGAAAAAGAUCAUGUUGAUCGGAUAUUUUGUCUACAGCUUGUCAUUUGAUUAAAAACAAAGGUGGCUUUUC